AAUUGCUUCCUCAUUCCGUGUUUGAUUUUCUUUCAACAAAACAAAAAUUGGAACUUCACAAUGCUGUGGUUGAGGAUUCUUAGAACACCAACAGUCAUUUGAUGUUAAAGAGAAUUCUGAGCUUCUAUUUUGCUGUUUGAUUAGAUGGAGAAGAGGAAAUUCUGAGAUUGGAGCUAUUAAGGUGUAGUGGAAGCAUUUUUCUUUGUAAAUUUGUUUAUAUAAAAUUCUAUUUUUGAGCUUGGCUUGGAAUUUGAAGGAUACUUUUUGAGGUAUUUCUUAUUUUGGAGCUGAAUUUUUGGUUUUAAUGGAUAACAUUGAGGAUAAUGCUAGACACCCUUCAAAUCCAUAUGGUGUUGGUCACCAGCCUGGUUACCGUUCUUCGAAUCAUCAAAAGCUUUCUGUAAGUAAUAAUCCGUAUGUGAGACCGACCGGGAAUCAAUAUGUUGUUGAUGAUGAAGAUGAGGAGGAAGAAGAAAAUGAUGAAGAUUUGGAAGAGGAGGAAAAUCGUAACCGAAAUAAUGGUGUUCGGUAUGUAGGAAAAGAUAUGGAUGAUGUUGAUGAUGAUGACAAUGACGAGCUUGAUGAUGAUGAAGAUGGGGAUGAGGAUGAUUAUGAUGAAAACGGUGAUAAACAGAAAGGUUAUGAUGGAAAGAACGAUGAUGUUGACAUGGAGAGGCACCCCAAGAAGAGGAAAUUGAAGAGUUUGUUGUCGAGUUAUGAGUUUGCUCCUCGAGUUCCAGCACCAGCAGUUUCAGCUCCUUCAGUGCCAAAGCCCUCAUUCGGUGGGAGAAAUUCUCUUACGGAUUGGAUUGAGCGUGAGACAUUUGUUUUGCUAGAUGCAUGGGGUGAUCUUUUUCUUCAACGUGGGAGAAAGAGUCUUCGGUCUGAGGAAUGGCAAGAAGUUGCAGAGAAGGUUUCGGAGGUUUCAAAGAUUGAAAGGACCGACACCCAGUGUCGUAAUCGAUUAGAUACGUUGAAGAAGAAGUAUAAGAAGGAGAAAGCUAUGCUGGCAGAGACUGGUGGUACUUCUAGCAAAUGGGUGUAUUUCAAGAAGAUGGAUAUGUUAAUGUCGACUCCUCCACAGCAGGGUGGGCUCUCUUGUGGUUUGGACUCGGGUGAGUAUGUAUUCAUGAACCCCAGAGUUUAUUUGAACCGUGCAAAUGGUUUAGAUGAAAUGAGGGAUAGUCCAGCAGAUUCAGAAUCUGCUGACAGUGAAGAGGAUGUCUCAGAUGGACUCCCACCAAAAAAGAGAAGAUUCGGGAGGCAAUAUGAUGAGGGUUCUUCUUUCAGAUUGCUUGCUGAUUUGAUCCAAAAGUUCAGCGAUACAUAUGAAAAGAUUGAGGAUAGUAAAAGGCAGCAGAUGCUGGAGUUAGAGAAGAUGAGAAUGGAUUUUCACAGGGAGUUGGAAAUGCAGAAGCAACACAUCAUGGAACGAGCGCAGGCCGAAAUUGCAAAAAUACAGCAGCAGGCUGAUGAUGAGGAGAAUGAGAAGGCAAGCGGGUAAUGUAUGCAAAAUACAGUUUUAUUUCUUAUUGCUGAUUCAAUGUCGACUGCUGAAUGUUGUUGUAUAAUAUAUUGGAGCCUUUUGCCAAUCUCCAACAAUAGCACUAAAUAUGCUGCAUCGAUUGAGUAGAAAUUUUUACCGAA